GGAUGCGUUUGGCGUGUCGUAUUCCCCUCAAACGAAACGAAUUAAUGAACCUCUGUGUACAUAAUACCAUUUUUAUAAGUCUAUUGUUGAUUUUUGUAAGAGAGCGCAUUUGUUUAAAGGAGAUUUUCCUGCUGAUAUAAUGUUAACCUGCGUAGCGCGUGACUGUCUUUCGAAUCAGGAUACGAAAGUCGACCGAAGAAACAUUUUAUUUUUCCCUUUUCCCGACGAUAUUGCUCAAAGGAAUCAGUGGAUAAGGAAUUGUCAGUUAGAUGACACCUCUACAAAUGAUAAGCCACUCUACCUUUGCGAACUGCAUUUCGAGCAGAUGGAUUUUACAAGUUUAAAGGAACUGAAACCUAAUUCUGUCCCAACUGUUUUCGAUAAAUUAGAAGAAGGACAGAGAAAACGGAAAGCUGAUAGUGUACCCGAAACUGAAUUGUCUAAAAGUCCACCUUUAAAACAGAAAAAAUUAAACGAGGAUUCUUCUAGUUUAAUAACUCCAGUUAAAAGUCCUUGCACCCAGCUAAUAGCUAAUGUUGAAGAAACAAAUGAUGUAGAUAAGAUGGAUAUAUCUAUUGAUCAUGAUAUAUCCAUAAAUGGAUCUGCCCUUUUAAGAUCUGAAUUAUAUCACGAUGUGGAAAUAGGUAAAAAACAAUAUCGUUUAACAAUACAAAUAGACAAAAUAUAUGGUAGACCAUGUCCAAGGUCAAGGAAGCUCAUGAUAUUGGCACAGUUGAAGAAGGAAAAGUUACAACUUACUAAAAGUAUAAUAGAUAUGGGUCAGAGAGAUCAGUCUUUACAGAAAGGUAAUAGAAAGGCCGUUUGCGUGAAAGGCGGUUGUAAAUUAAAAAAAUCUGUGUACGAAUCGAAGCCAGCUUUUCAGUGUGAACACUGCGAUAAGUAUUACAUAAUGAAGAAGUGUGACAAUCCAGCAGAGAAGAAUAAUAUCUGUGCUAUAUGUUACAAGACUUUUCCAUCUUCACAGUCCCUGUACCUUCACACUAAAACUCAUUUUACAUGCGACAUGUGCCAAACAGAGUGUAGCUCGCAAGUGACUUACGAUAAACAUGUAAGAUUACACGUUAGUACGGACCCGUUGUAUCCGUAUAAGUGUCAUCAAUGUACAGAAAUAUUUGAACUCAAAGAGGACGCGAGGCAACAUUAUUUAAUCGUACAUCCAACCAUAAAAUUACAAAAUACAAUUUUGCAAGUAACAGCGUCGCCUUUAACUCAACAAAUACCUCAACAACAAGAUUAUCGUUGCAUCAGUUGUAACAUAACAUUUAGGAACGAACACGCUUAUAGAAACCAUAUAAGUUGUCAUAAAAAGAAAGAAGGUUUAAGGUGUAGCAUCAGCGAGACCAAUAAUAUAUUUCCAGUACCCAACCCCCUAACUGGUAGUCAAAUAGGUAUUCUUCGAGCCGUAAAGUUUACCUGCAGAGUAUGCUCCAUGGAAUUCGACAACGUUGGCGAGGUCGACAGACACACGAGAACACACCUAGAAGAAGAAAACGAAGAGGAACGCAAGUGUAAUAUUUGUAAAAAACUGUUUAAAACGAGUGCACAGUUUAACGAACAUUUAAAGUUUCAUUUGUCACGUACGCAUUCUUGUCCUGUAUGUUCCAAAGCUUUUAUCAACAGAACUACACUGAAAAUACAUUUAAAGACGCAUGGUGAAGCAUAGGAUCCUAGUAAUAAAUUUAUCGAACAAUUUUAGCGCGGUUGUGUCAAAUUUCGAUUCGUGAAUGUUUCAGAAAUCGAGUGUUUAGUCGGUGCGUCCGCCUAAGGUAUCUAUGAGUGGAAAUCUUCUGUAUAACGAGUUUACAUUGUACGAUGGGUCAAUAACACAUUUAAUGUUCGGUUUGCUCGUAUUGUUAUAUAUAAAUGUAUAUAUUUGCGAAUUUUCGUGUUGUGCGAGAUUUGCUUUCGUUGUUAUUUAAUAUUUCCGUUACAUAUUUUUGAAUGUUUGUACCAAACGAUGAGAAAUGGAAGAGAUAAACAAAAGACUUAGGAACCAAAUUAAAAUGAAUAAAUCAGAAGCAUA